CAUUAGGUGUUGAAGGGUCCUUCAGGUCUCGGGAUCUGAGAAAUCUGAACUCUGAAUCAAACUCGAGGAGCAACACUAAAGCAAAAGGUUUUUACAAUUGAAGGAUAUUGAAAAUGGCGUCCGACGAUCUUCCUUUAGACGAUAAGGCGAAGAGAAUGAGAGAUCUGCUGUCCAGUUUCUAUGCACCCGAUCCUUCAAUGCCCUCGAACACUACUUCUGCGAAAUCUUCUUCGUUGGAUGCCAUCAACACCCCAUCCUUUGAUGCUGAUCAAUAUAUGAAUCUUCUGAUUCAAAAGUCGAAUUUGGAGGGACUUCUUCAAAGGCAUGUUGGAAUGGCUGCUGAAAUCAAGAAUCUUGACACUGACUUGCAAAUGCUGGUGUAUGAAAAUUACAACAAGUUCAUUAGUGCCACAGACACAAUUAAAAGAAUGAAAAAUAAUAUUGUAGGUAUGGAGGUGAACAUGGAGCAGCUCCUUGAGAAGAUUAUGUCUGUUCAAUCCAGAAGUGAUAGGGUUAAUACAUCUCUUUUUGAAAAGAGAGAACAUAUAGAGAAAUUGCACCGCACCAGGAACCUUCUGCGUAAAGUUCAGUUCAUAUAUGAUCUUCCUACUCGACUUGGAAAGUGUAUCAAAUCAGAAGCUUAUGCAGAUGCAGUCAAGUUUUUUACUGGAGCCAUGCCAAUUUUUAAGGUAUAUGGAGACUCAUCAUUUCAGGAUUGUAAGAGAGCAUCUGAAGAAGCAAUGGCCAUAAUUAUAAAAAAUCUUAAGGAAAAGCUAUUUUCAGAUUCUGAACCUAUAGAAGCAAGAGCGGAGGCUGUAGUUCUUCUUAAGCAGUUGGACUUCCCGGUGGAUAACUUAAAGGCAAAGCUACUGGAGAAGUUGGAACAUUUUCUUGAAGAUCUUCAUCUUGAAUCUAGGGAAGUGGAGAUGGUUUCGUGGGAUGCUGAUGAAUCUUCUCACCUAGGAAAGUUUUCAGAUCCAAUUCCAUCCGUGCCUCUUGAGGCCAGCACAAAAAAGGUUUCCAUUCAAGAGUUUGCAGAAGCUCUCCAUGCUUAUCGAGUAAUAUUUCCUAAUUCAGAGGAGCGGUUAAUUGAACUUGUACGAAACUUGUUUACCAGGAAUUUUGAAACCAUUCAGCAGCAUAUAAAGAAAAAGAUUUCUUUGGCAUAUCUUCUGGGAAUGCUACGAGUUGUUUGGACGGACGUGACAAUUAUGGAUGAAGUAUUGCCAGAGGCUGCUCUCCCCGAUUUUUCCUCCCAGGCUGUGCGUGGUGCUAUCAAGCAAUACAUUACCAGCACGUUUUCUUAUCUCCUACAUGAUGUAUCAGAAGCCCUUACAAGAGUCCAAACUAGGCCAAAUGAAGGGUUAAAAGAAGCAUGUUCUCUGCAGGUCGCCUUGGAGGCCAGCAAAAAAGCAGUGAUUCAAGGCAGCAUGGAUGUAUUACUGGAUUUUCGCCGACUUCUUGAUGAUAACCUAGGGAUGUUAGUGAAGUUAAGAGAUUUAAUUAUUGAUUGGGUGCAAGAAGGGUUCCAAAAGUUCUUCAGGGCACUUGAUGUUCACUUCCUUUCCCUGUCGGGAAGAAAUAAUUCAACCAGUCAAGAACAAGGUUCAGUAGAUGGAAUACAGGGGGACAAGGUGCUUGCAGGACUUGUUCUUGUUCUUGCCCAACUUUCUGUUUUCAUAGAACAACGUGCUAUACCUCGAAUUACAGAGGAAAUAGCUGCAUCAUUUUCUGGCGGUGGUGUGAGAGGCUAUGAGUAUGGACCAGCAUUUGUUCCUGGGGAAAUCUGCCGAAUAUUUCGGUCAGCUGGUGAAAAGUUUCUGCAUCUUUACAUAAAUAUGAGAACCCAAAAAAUAUCUGUUCUUCUGAGGAAAAGGUUUAUGACACCAAACUGGAUCAAGCACAAGGAGCCAAGAGAAGUGCAUAUGUUCGUUGAUCUAUUUCUUCAAGAGUUGGAAGCAAUAGGCUCCGAAGUACAGCAAAUUUUACCUCAAGGUAUCAGCCGCAAACAUCGACGAACUGACAGCAAUGGUAGCACUACUUCCUCCCGCAGCAACCCAAUGCGUGAAGAUAAAAUGAGCCGUUCAAAUACACAACGUGCCCGGAGCCAGCUUCUCGAAACACAUCUAGCAAAGCUGUUCAAGCAAAAAAUGGAAAUUUUCACAAAAGUUGAAUAUACACAGGAGUCCAUUAUAUCUACGACAGUGAAACUAUGCCUUAAGAGCUUGCAAGAAUUUGUCCGGCUCCAGACUUUCAAUCGGAGUGGAUUCCAGCAAAUACAAUUAGAUAUUCAGUUCCUGAGGUCCCCUUUGAAAGAAAUUGUUGAAGAUGAAGCUGCCAUCGAUUUCCUCUUGGAUGAGGUGGUGGUUGCAGCUGCCGAGAGGUGUCUAGACCCAAUUCACCUUGAACCCACCAUAUUGGACAAAUUAAUACAGGCAAAGUUGGCUAGAAGCAGGGAGCAGAACACAAGUUCAUGAAUUAUCAAAAGUAAAACUGGUACUGCAGUGUUUGUUUAUAAUUGAUUACGAACCUCUCCUAGUUCUUUUCUUUUAUGAUCUUGAUCUGACUGAUGAGCUAAAUUCUGUAGUAUCCAGCACCGUACUUAACCGGAAUUGGUCACAGUUUUGUACAUUGUUAUUACAUUCAAUGACAUUGUGGUUAUUU